GGAGGCAGCGUCUUACGUGAAGGAAGGGCUGGGAUAGACAUUUAUCUUUUAAGCACUUGGUAUGUGUCAGUUUUACUGAUUUUUGUUUCUCUAGAAAAUCACACAUUCAUCCAGAUUUACACAUUUAUCUGUAGAGAAUUUCUGCAAAGGACCGUCUCUGAUUCUUUUAAUUUUCUCUGUCUCUGUGAUUAUUUUAUCUUUUCGUGUCUUCCUUCAGCUGGACAGAGGAUUAUCUAUUUUUAUUAGAUUGAAUUUUCUGAAAUUCAUUUUUUCUUCGUCAAAAAUAGUAGAAUGUCCGCAAUUUCGUAUGGUUCAACCUAAUAUUAUUUGCCAGGCAUUUUACACCCAUUAUCUCAUUCAACACCCCCAAAUGUCAUGUGAGGCUUACCGAUCAUCCCCACAUAGCAGAUUAGGCAUCUGAAGCUCAGAGAGAUUAAAUUACUUGCCACCGGAACACACAGCAGAUACGUCAUAGUACCGACCAAACCCAGAUUCUUCUGCUGCCCUUUCCACUUCACCGUGGCCAUGGCUGCAGAGAAUCUCAGGAAACGUCACACCUGUGACGGGGCUAGGAAAGGUUUCUCUGAAGGGCGUCUGCCACCCAGGCCAGGAGAGGACGUCCUGAUGGGCACCCAGGAGUGGGGGGAUGGGAGUUUGCAGUCAGCUUUGGACACCUGUGGACUGAGAGCUGCAUGGGGUGGGAGAGGUGCUCACACCCAAGUGUUUGUUGAAGGCCUACUAUGUGUCGGGCACUUGUAGACAUUGAAGAUAUAAGAAGGAGGCCCCUGGAGUUUACAUUCCAGCGUCUUCAUGUGAUUUAAGAACCUGAGAAAGCAAGUGAAAUUAAAGAGUUCUAACUCUAGCGAAAGAGAGCAAGCCACCCCUUCCCCACCACUCUGGGGGCCUGAUCACAGAAUUAUAGGGGUGUGAGGAGUGGUACCCAAAAGCAUCAGGGAGGGGGGCGUGUCCUCGGCUUGGUGGCUAGCAUUAACGUCACAUGCAUCGUCUUCGUCCCGCAACUCCCCUUAGCUGAGGACUCUCUGGGAAAAUGGCAGACAUAAAAUCUUAGAAACAAAACAUGAGGUGCCAAAAAAAAGAACAAACACACACUAGCUUCCCUUGAAAGUUAAGUCUACAGGAGCUGCGCAAACGGAAGUAACACCCAGGAUGAAAUGAAGGCUUUCAUCAGUAAACUUUCUAUGUAUGUGAAGGAUUUUUUUUUUUUUUUUUUUUUUUUUUUUGCGGUACGCGGGCCUCACUGUUGCGGCCUCUCCCGCUGCGGGCCACAGGCUCCGGACGCGCAGGCUCAGCGGCCAUGGCUCACGGGCGCAGCCACUCCGCGGCAUGUGGGAUCCUCCCGGACCGGGGCACGAACCCACGUCCCCUCCAUCGGCUGGCGGACUCUCAACCACUGCGCCACCAGGGAAGCCCGGUGUUUUUUUUAAUCCACAAAGUUUACCAAGUGUAUCCAGUCUUCUUUUGUGAAAUAUUUAGCAGCCCUUUCUUGGCCUUGGUAUAUAUUCCCUCGGUGGGAACAGAUUGCUGUGAGCGCUUCCUCAGGUUACCGAGCUGCUCAGGCCUCAGGGCGAGAUGCUGUCCCUCAGGAAAUGCCGGGUGCUUGCAGGCGAGCUCUUAUUGUCCAGAUAAGUUCGGAAGUGGGAGGUGUCUGGUUGGUGAGGGGUGGGAAGGGCAGAGGAAAGGAGAUUGGGAUCUGGAGGAAGGAGCUGCUGUGAUCAAAUCUUAGGGGUGACAGCGUGGACGGGGGAGGACUCUCUGGCUGAUGGGAGGUGGCUGGCAUGAGAUGGGGGAACACUGGGGGUGACCCCAGCGCGCCCCUGACCCAAGCCCACCUAGUGAACAGCCAGACUCGGUUGUGUUUUCCAGGCUGUUUGUCCCUGUGGGGCCCCAGCAGAGUGACAGGCGUCGUGGGGGGAUCCCUGAGCGUGGAGUGUCGGUACACGGAGCAAUACAAAGACAAUAGCAAAUACUGGUGCAAAGCCCCAUGUUUGUUACCGUGGAAGACUGUGGAGACCAAAGAGCCAGAGAGAGAAGUGGUGCGGGGCCACGUGUCCAUCAGGGACCAUCCUGCAAACCUCACCUUCACAGUGACCUUGGAGAGCCUCAGAGAGGACCAAGCAGGAAAGUACGAGUGUGGGAUCACGGUCCCAUUUUCACUUGAUCCCACCGUCCAGGUUGUGGUGUCUGUGUUCCCAGCAUCAGUGCCAACCCACCCUACUGCUGUGGCCAAGACCUCGACAAUCACAAUCAGUAUUUCAACAAUGUCAUUCACCGCCCUGGCCAUGGCGAGUCCCACCUACAGCGCCAGCAACGAGGAGGAAGCCAUGCAGGGGUGGGGGCUGCAAGUGCUGCUGGCCUUGUUGGCACUUCUGCUGCUUCUGUUGGGGGGCAUCUCACUGCUGGCCUGGAGAAUGGUUCAGAGACGGAUCAAAUCUGGUGAGAACCCAGAGCCUCCCCAGAACCCCAGUCAGGCUGCUGAGCUGAUUGAACCCUGCUAUGAGAAUCUAGAGCUGCCGAUGUGGCCCCUUCUGGAACAGCCCGUGCAACCCACACAGGAGGAGGUGGAAUACAGCAACUUGGGGUUCCCCAGGGAAAACCUUCACUACACCUCAGUGGUAUUUGAUUCCCGAAGCCAGGAUUCUAAGACGGACAGAAUUCCCUCCCAGAAGCCCCAGACGCAGGAGCCAGUGUACAGCGUGGUUAAGAAGACAUAAGCUUGUGUCUCCAGCCUUGCCAACUGGAGGGCUGUGUGGGUCACAGGAGGCCCAGGGCUCAGCCCCCACCCACGUCUGCCUCCACCUGCUCCCCUUGAUGGUGACCGACAAGGCAGCUGGGCUCCCCAGGACUGUCCCUCUUGUGCCAUCAGCCAGGCUGGCUUCAUUGAGGAUGACCAGGAAUGGGGCUCUGGAUGGACCUGUGGGAAACCUUCCAUCCUACUGGCUCUCAAUGCAUCCUUCCUGUCUUAGCUCUGUGUGUGGACGGCAGGAGGUCAGCCCCAUGUGACUCCAGGAAAAGAUGUGGCUCAUGUAGGGUGGUACCUUCGAAUAGCUUUGUAAAUCGCAGCCCCAUGGAAAUGUCUGGGAUUGCUGGGGAGUGGGGAGAACUGAUGCAGAGCCAGAAGCAUAUAAAGGCGCUGCAGGCUGGGUCCCCCUCAUCUUACAGACAAGGAGACUAAGACCCAGAGAGAAGAGAGUCUUGCCCGUGGCUCCUGAACUAGCGGCACGUUUCUCUGGACUCUUAGGUUUACUGUUAAUAUAAGAGAUAUUAAUAAAGUUUAAAGUAUCUUAAGAGAGAAGAAAAAUUUAGAAGAAAAAUCCUUUCUUUUGAAGGCUGAAUAAUAUUCCAUUUAUAUAUAUAUCACAUUAUGCUUAUCCAUUCAUCUGUCAGUAGAUACUUGGGGUGCUUCCACGGUUUAGCUCUCGUGAAAAAUGCUGUUAUGAACAUGGUGUACGAGUAUCUCUUCGAGACCCUGCUUUCAGUUCUUUGGGGUAUAUACCCAGAAGUGAAAUUGCUAAAUCAUAUGAUAAUCUAUUUUUAAUUUCUGAGGAACUGCAAUACUGUUAUCUGCCGCAGAUGUACCGUCUUACAUUCUCACCAACAGUGCACAAGGGUUUCCAAUUUCUCCACAUCCUUUUCAACACUUGGUUUUUAUUCCUGUUUUUGGUUUGUUUGUUUUUUUAAUAGUAGCUAUCCUAAUGGAUGUGAGGUGGUAUCUCAUUGCAAUUUUGAUUUGCAUUUCCCAAGUGAUUAAUGAUGUUGAGCACUUUUCAUGUGCUUAUUGGCCAUUUGUAUAUCUUCUUUGAAGACAUGUCUAUUCAAGCCUUUUGCCCAUUUUCAAAUUGAUUUUUUUGUAGUUGUUGAGUUUUUGUUGUCUGUGUAUCCUGGAUGUUAAUCCUUGUCAGAUACAUGAUUUGCAAAUAUUUUCUCUCAUUCUGUAGGUUGCCUUUUUACUCUGUUGAUAGUGUCUUUAGAACACAAAACUUUUAAAUUUUCAUGAAGUCCAAUUUGUCCAUUUUUUCUUUUGUUGCCUGUGCUUUUUGGGUCAUAUUCAAGAAAUCAUUGCCACAGCCAUGGUUGUGAAGAUUUUGUCACACAUUUUCUCCUAAGAGUUUAAUGGUUUUAGGUCUGACAUUGAGGUCUUUGAUCAUUUUGAGUUAAUUUUGUAUAUGCUGUUACGUAAGGGACCAACUUAAUUCUUUUGAUUUUUUUUUUGCGGUACGCGGGCCUCUCACUGUUGUGGCCUCUCCCGCUGCGGAGCACAGGCUCCAGAUGCGCAGGCUCAGCGGCCGUGGCUCACAGGCCCAGCCGCUCUGCAGCAUGUGGGAUCUUCCCGGACCGGGGCACGAACCCGCGUCCCCUGCAUCGGCAGGUGGACUCUCAACCACUGCGCCACCAGGGAAGUCCCAACUUAAUUCUUUUGCAUGUAGAUAUCCAGUUUUUUCAACACCAUUUGUUGAAAAGACUGUCCUUUCUCCAUUGAAUGGUCUUGACCCCCAAGUCAAAAAUCAUUUGACUAUAUAUGUGAGGGUUUAUUUCUGGACUCUAUUUUAUUCCAUUGGUCUAUGUGUUUGACUUUAUGCCAGGAUCACUCUCUCUUUUUGAAAAUCUAUUUAUUUAUUUAUUUAUUUUUUGCUGCAUUGUGUCUUCGUUGCUGUGCACAGGCUUUCUCUAGUUACAGCGAGUGGGGGCUACUCUUUGCUGCGGUGCGUGGGCUUCCCAUUGCAGUGGCUUCUUUCGUUGUGGAGCACGGGCUCUAGGUGCACGGGCUUCAGUAGUUGUGGCACGUGGGCUCAGUAGUUGUGGCUCGCGGGCCCUAGAGCACAGGCUCAGUAGUUGUGGCACACGGGCUUAGUUGCUCUGCGGCAUGUGGGAUCUUCCCAGACCAGGGCUCGAACCCGUGUUGCCUGCAUUGGCAGGCGGAUUCUUAACCACUGCACCACCAGGGAGGUCCCCAGGAUCACUCUCUUUUAGUUACUGUGGCUUUACAGUGAGUUUGAAACCAGGAAGUGUGAGUCUUUUAAUGUUGUUCUUCGUUUUCAAGAUUGUAUUGGUUAUUGGAGGUCCCAUGAGAUUCCAUAUUAAUUUUAGGAUGGGUUUUUCUAUUUCUGCAAAAAAUGUCAUUUUUUUCCGAUAGGAAUUUCGAUAGGAAUUGCAUUGACUCUAUAGAUCACCUUAGGUAGUAUUUUCAUCUUAACAACGUUAAGUCUUCCAAUCCAUGAACAUAGGAUGUGUUUUCAUUUAUUUACGUCUUCUUUAAUUUCUUUCAGCAAUGUUUUGUAGUUUUCAUUGUACAAGUCUUUCACCUCCUUGCUUAAGUUAAUUCCCAAGUGUUUUGUUCUUUUUGAUGCUAUUGUCAAUGGAAUUGUUUUCAUAUUUUCCCUUUCAGAUUGUUAACUGAUAAUGUACAGAAAUGCAACUGAUUUUUGUGUGUUGAUUUUGUACCCUGCUACUUUGCCAAAUUCAUUCAUUCAUUCUAACAGGGUUUUUUUUUGUGGAAUCUUUUUGGGUUUUCUACAUAUAAGAUCAUAUCAUCAGCAAACAGAUAAUUUUACUUCUUUCUUCCCAAUUUGGAUGCCUUCUAUUUCUUUUUCUUGCAUAAUUGCUCUGGCUGGGAUUUCCAGCACCAUGUUGAAUAGAAGAAGCCAAGUGGGCAUCCUUAGCUUCUUCUUAAUCUUAGAGGAAAAGCCGUCAUUCUUUCACAGUUGAGUAUGAUGUCCACUGUGGGUUUUCUAUAUAUGGCUUUUAUAACGUUGAAGUAGUUUCCUUCUAUUCCUAGUUUGUUGAGUGUCUUUAUCAUAAAAGGAUGUUGAAUUUUGCUAAAUGCUUUUUCUGCAUCAAUUGAAAUGAUCACACGGGCUUUUCCCUUCACUGUGUUAAUAUAGUGUACUACAUUGAUCAAUUUUUAUGUUGAAUCAUCCUUGCAUUCCAGGAAUAAAUCUCACUUGGUCAUGGUGUAUAAUUCUUUCAGUAUUUUGCUGAAUUCUGUUUGUUAGUAUUUUGUUGAGGAUUUUUGCAUCAGUGUUCAUAAGGGAAAUUGGUCUUUAGUUUUCUUUUCUUAUAGUGUCUGGCUUUGAUAUCAGAGCGAUACUGGCCUCAUAUAGUGAUUCUGGAAGAGUUCCUUUUUUUUCUGUUUUUUUGGAAGAGUUUAAGAAGGACUGGUAUUAGCGCCUCUUUAAAUGUUUGGUGGAAUUCACCUGGGAAUCCAUCUGGUUCUGGGCUUUUCUUUGUGGGGAGGUUUUUGAUUACUGAUUCAGUCUCCUUAUUUUGUUAUUAGUCUGUUCAGGCUUUCUAUUUCUUCUUGAUUCAAUCUUGGUAAGUUCUAGAAAUUUGCCCAUUUUAUCUAGGCUAUCCAGUUUGUUGGUGUACAGUUGUUCGUAGUACUCUCAUAAACGUUUUUGUUUCUGUGGAAUUGGUAGAGAUGUCCCCACUUUCCUUUCGAAUUUUGGUAAUUUCAGUCUUCUGUUUUUCUAGUCCAUCUAGGGAAAGUUUUGUUGAUUUUGUUGAUCUUUCAAAGAACAAACUUUUGGUUUCCUUGAUUUUCUCUCUUUUCCUCUAUUCUCUAUUUUGUUUAGCUCUGCUCUAAUAUUUAUUAUUUCCAUCCUUCUGCUAGUUUUGGGUUUAUCCUUCUUUUUCCAGUUCCUAAAGUUGUAAAGUUAGGUUUUUUAUUUGAGAUCUUUGCCCCCCCCCCCCCCCCCCCGUUAAUGUAAGCAUUUAAAUUUCCCACUUAGCACUGCUUUUGUUGUGCCCCAUAAGUUUUGGUAGGUUGUGUUUAUGUUUUCAUUUAUCUUUAAGUGUUUUCUAAUUCCAUUUAUGAUUUCUUCUUUGAUCCAUUGGUUGUGUAAGAGUGCGCUGUUUAGUUUCCACAAGUUUGUGAAUUUUCCAGUUUUACUUUUUUUCCCUUUUCAAGUGUUUAUUGAAAGAUAAAUAAAC